AUGGUUCCUGACAUCAAAGAAACAUACGAAAAUCUUAACUUACUUUUUGACAUGGUAAAAAUAAAAAAGAUAUCCUUUAAAUUUCUUUCUGACUUUAAAAUAAUUCUAAUGGUUAAUGGCUUACAGACAGCAACAUCGUCCUACCCAUAUCCUUAUUGCUACAUUUCGUUAAAAGAACUUCGAUCAUACAGUGAAUAUCACAAAGAGUUGACCUCCUAUGGAGAUAAUACACUACAUUUUAAUAAAUUUGACUUAAUUUUUGAAAAAAACUUAAAACGUGGAAAUGAAUCUUUUAGACUUGUACCACUGCUAGGCAAAGAAAACGCAUUAAAAUGCCCUAAAAAGCUACACUUAGUCACGAAAAAUUAUCAAGGAGAACUUUUUGAAGGGAAUGCCUGCAGAAAGUUGUUGAAAAAUGCAGAAGAUUUAAAGUCAAAAGAAAUAUUAGUCAACCUGGAAGAAGUUUAUGUUAUACCAUUUGUUGUGGCUUUUAACACAAUGAAUGGAAUUGUUGGUUCAGAGCUGCUUUGUACCUUAAGUGAACUGAAGGCUGACGUGUCACUUUUGAAAGCAGUUUUAAAGGGCACAGGAGUCUCGCAGACCCUUUGGAGCAUCUUGUUCGGAAAACGUACAGACACCGUAAAACCGUCGCAGGCCAACUUUGCCGUACCUCCGCCGCCGCCACUGGACUACGAAGGUCAGAGAGUAGGGGAGACCGGGGCAGCGAGGACCGGAUAA